AUGGAUGACCUGUCGGUGCAAAUUCCAGUCUGGGAUUUGAUACGGCGUUUUGUUCCCGGGAAGAAACCGACGGCCGAAGUGAAAGCCAAACUCGCCGAACUCAAGCUCAGCGUGAACGACUUCACAGCAGGAGAGCAGAAAAUGUACAGUGAACUCUGUGCAUUCGUACAAUCCGUCACAGACAUAUGCGUGGAGGGCGAUGCGCCUGAGUGGAAGCUUGUGGCAAGGGACACUGUGACGGGCGCCGAUCCAGGCAAACGCAAUCGCAGGAUCGACGGCAAGAAGAAACCAGAUAUCUCGAUUUUUAGAGAAAGAGAUGAGGCUCGUGUGACGUACCAGCCCGCGACAAAGGCGAAUGAGGGCGCGGAAAAUAUGGAACAGGCGCAGAUGUCACUCAAGGCGGCUGAAUCCUGGCAUCGGGCCUCCUUGGUCAUUGAGUGCAAGAGCUCGAAUUCAGAUGGACACCCGUUCUCAUUCCGCCCAGCGAGCACUUGCAAGUCGAGCAAGACGCCAGGGACUUCUGACAAGGAAUGCAAUGGCGCGGAACCCAAUCCGCAAGCAGAGAAGGACGUCUUCCUUCCCCAGACAGACGAGGCCAUCGAAUCGAGGGGCCAGCUCAGCGACUAUGCGAUGCAUAUGAUGCGGAGCCAGCCUCGGCAAUUUUGCUUCAUCGUCGUCGUCGCGGGCUGCUACGCACGUAUACUCCGAUGGGAUAGAGCUGGGGCCAUCGUUUCCGAAGCAUUCGAAUUCGUCGAGGACCCGUCGAUUAUGGUCACGUUCUUGUAUAACUACAUGACGAUGACGCAAGAAGAGCGUGGAUUCGACACGAGCGUUGUUGCAGCGCCGCGCCACGAAAUCGACGAGAUGAUAGCGUGGAAAGUUGGCAUGGUGGAGGACGGCAGGCUUUCGGACUAUCACACGGAGCGCUUCAAGGAGGCGAUGGAAACGAAAUGGCCAAUCUACAAAGUGACGAUCCCCCGCGAAGACCUCAUCUCGGCCGCAGAACUUGGGCGUAAAGUCAACAAGGCUGGUGCGCCCAAGGAUUCAUCGCAAUCAGGUUCGAACAUUCCUGCAGAGGAUCUGACGUUGCUAAUCGGAAGACCUCUGAGCAUGAGCAAUUCGCCGACGGGUCGUUCGACGAUCGGAUAUGUGGCAUUCGAUAUGCGUGGAAAGCGACUGGUGUUCAUGAGGGAUUCGUGGCCGCUUGAUUCGCCACUGCGGACAACAGAGCGCACUGUCUACAAGGAUCUGUGGCAGAAAAGGGUGACGAACAUUGCCAGACCCAUCAGCGGUGGGAUAGUCAAGAACGGCGACAAGAUCCACAGGACAAUAACGCAGAAAUAUAGGAACACCGUGCACGGAAAGGACACGAGAGCGCGCAUCCAUUUCCGUCUGAUCACUGACGAGGUUUACGAACCACUGGAUAACUGCAAGUGUUCGUAUGAGCUCAUUCUCGUUUUGAGCGACGCGAUAAAAGGCAAGGCCAAUAUCAUGGUCAAGCGUACUGGGCCCAAAGUCGGACAAGUUGUAGGCAUCCUCAUUGACUGGGACUUGUGCAAGUACCGAGCCCAACUGAAGAUAGGAUCGAACCAUCCUGCUCAUUCGGGAACGUGGCAGUUCAGCUCAGCCAUGCUCCUGCGAUACCCUAUGAAAUUGCGCCAGGUAUCGGACGACCUCGAGUCCUUUGUCCACGUCCUCCACUGGACGAUUCUCAUGUGGUACAAGCACAGUCGGUCCGAGUCUCCUGCUGCGCUCCAGGAAGUUGUGCUCGAGACCUACGACAAAUUCUCGGAUACUCUAGGUUAUGACACAGGCGGAGACAACAAAUUCAGUAACAUGCUUUUGGGGGCAUUGCCGUUCGCCAAGCUGUCGUCCGAGCCUCUGAAAAGAUUGACCAAGAAACUGGCAGGAAUAUGCAAGGAGCAUUACAACGCAUCGUCUACGAAGGAGCAGAGAGCAAAGCUUGAAGACAUCAAGGACAAUAUAGGCAAGGAACCCCCAUCGCAGGACCCAGUGGCCCCAGUCGAGAUUGAUAUUUUCGUUCGCGGCGACGAUCCCGCGGAACAUUCGGGAUCCCAAGGAGGCGUGGAGAGCUCUGGCGAGGAAGGCGACGAGAGCUCUGGCGAGGAAGGCGAUGAGAGCUCUGGUGAGGAAGGCGACGAGAGCUCUGGCGGGGAAGAUGCACGGGCGCUGCUCGACACUAGUGCUAAGCCCAAACUACGGGGGCAUUCCUGGAUCUUGAAAGCAUUCCGGUCAGUUAUCGAAAACAUGGAGAAGAACCGCUACACGCAAAUCACCAUCGAUAAGGUGGAUAAACCUCAGUUCACGCCAGCCACAGAAUCAGCCACGCAACAAAGCACGAGGAGUCGGAAGCGACCAUCGCAAUCGUCGAACGAAUCAAAUCGUUCAUCCAAACGACAAAGAACGACGAAGGGAGUACGCACUACGAGCUCCUCGACGGACCCCACCCUUCAAACGGACUCAAAUGAAUCCCUUGAUGGUUGCGCUUGA